AUGGUCCGGUACAAAAACGAGGACUGCCUGCUGACGCUUUUGUCGCUGCUCUGCGACCAGAAGCCUUUGAAAGGCACGCGGACCGGAAGGGGGGACCGGCAGUCGGCCGCGGCACGCGUCCCGUGCCGUGUUUACACCGCAAACAGUCCGCGUCGCACCGCCUACCGCCGCAACGACACUGGCCCGUUUGUGCCUCGCGCCAAAACAAACGCGACAACCCUAGCCGGCGAACGCCCAGUGAUGCGAGCGCAGCGC